UCCUCUUCCUGAUUGGGGUUAGCUGAUGACAUUUGCUGCGGUUUCCACUGGGGAAUCAUGCCGGUUCAUGAGCCUGUUGACAACGGGCCACAUUUCUUCAUUCGGAAUGCCCCCAAAAAAUUGUUAAUAGUUGCAGCACAAGCAGUACACAUACAACUUAUUUUCCCUUUAUGCCCUCUACAUUGUGGGACUAGUUUCAUUUAUUUUUGCUUUACUUGUGAUCGGUAAUUAAAGGCAUUUUAUCACAAUAUACUACAGAAACUACCACACAAGUUUUUUCCAUACCUAAAAGGCUAAAAUGUUACUACUCCAAAGAUAAGUUUAAGUUAAUUUGUUCAUGCAGAUUGGAACCGCGUCGCUCCCUCUUCCCUUCAAGUACGCAACCAUUAUUUAUGUUUGACUAGCCACUCUACAAAUCUCAACUUACAUCUUUACAACCCUUCCCACAUUCCUUCACUUCGAUCUACGUAACAAUCUCAAAUAGACCCUGAUUUUCUACGACUCGUCUUCGCUUUAAAUUCAAUUCUCUCUUGUUAUUUGGCGAGUCUAUAUUAUUUUUAGGUGUUAUAGUAAGUCUUUUCUCAUAUAAUCUAUAGUACCUUUGAGUUGUGAUCAUUUUAGGUUAAAUUUGUUAGUGCGAUAGUACAUUUUUCUUUUAUGUAUUCCAUCUUAUGAUUUGAAUUGAUUUGUAUCUGUUUGAUAUGUGAAAAAUGUCAAGUCAAGUGGUCGGAGUGAUUGGGCUAAUGCGGCUUUUCAGCCUUUUUGUUGCUGCCUCAGUGCCGGUGGUCAAGGUCCUUUUGCUCACUGCUCUGGGAUCAUUGCUUGCUCUAGACCAUAUCAACGUACUCAGCCCGGAUGCACGUAAACAUCUCAACACUAUUGUAUUUUAUGUGUUCAGUCCAGCACUUAUAACAAGCAACUUGGCGAAAACCAUAACAUAUGAAAGCAUUAUUAAGUUGUGGUUCAUGCCCUUAAAUAUCCUCAUUUCAUUUGUUGUUGGUUCCUUGCUGGGCUGGGUGGUUAAUUUACUAACAAGACCACCACCACAUCUUCGAGGCCUUGUUGUAGGCUGUUGUGCCGCUGGAAACCUUGGCGCCAUUCCCAUUAUUAUUGUCCCAGCAGUUUGCAAAGAGAAAGGAAGUCCGUUUGGAGAUCGUUAUGCAUGUAAUUCAUAUGGAUUGACUUAUGUUUCACUUUCAAUGGCGAUAGGAGCCAUAUAUCUAUGGGUUUAUGUUUAUAAUGUAUUGAGGUUAUCUAUACAAGCAAUUCCAGAAGAACUAAGUGUCUCCUCCAUCGGUAAAUGCACAAUGGAACCAAAUAUUGCAGAACAAGGGAGUCUCAUUGAAGCUCGACAUUCUCCAAUAAGAUUUGUAAGAUCUGAAGACCAUGCAGAUGCAUUGCCCUCAACCAGAUUCGAUGAAGAACCUGAGUUGGGAUUUACAUAUAAAAUAAAGCAGCACGCGAUGGAGCUCUCAGGGAAGCUCAAUCUAAAGAAGUUGUUUGCCCCUUCAACCAAUGGAGCGAUUGUUGGGUUCAUAGUUGGACUUAUACCUCCACUUAGAAAAUCGAUGAUCGGUGAUUCAGCUCCCUUCCAUGUGAUUGAAGACACUAUCAUCUUGCUCGGGGAUGGAGCCAUCCCACUUCUCACUCUGAUAAUUGGAGCCAACCUUCUUAAAGGUUUGCGAUCAUCAGGAACACCAAAAUUCAUGGUUUUUGGCAUCAUAGUAGCCCGUUAUAUUGUUCUACCUUCGGUGGGCAUUGGCGUGGUAAAAGCUGCAGUGCAUCUGAAUUUGGUACAGGCAGACCCCUUGUAUCAGUUUGUCCUUCUGCUUCAGUUUGCACUUCCACCUGCCAUGAACAUAGGCACCAUGAUGCAGUUGUUCGGCAAAGGUGAAAGCGAGUGUUCUGUGAUUAUGCUAUGCUGUUAUGUUUGUGCAUUGGUGUCACUCUCUCUUUGGUGUACUUUCUUCAUGUGGCUGGUUGGUUAGUUUUGCUGAUUUGC